CACUCUCUUCUCCCCAGUCCGCCUAUCCUCCCCGCGCCUCCACACAACCACCACCGCGUCGCCCCCCUCCCGGCGGCUCCCCCCUCCAUCGGAGUCAAAAACGCCCCCGCGACAAGGUCCCCCGGCCCACCCACGCGUCCAGCGUCCUCCAAUCCCCCCUCCCAUCCCUCACCUGACCCAAUCGAGAGAGCCCGAUCCCGCCAUGUCGUCGGUGUUCGAGGUCCUCGAGGACACUACUGCUGCGGCCGGGGCCGGCGGGGCGGCCGCCGCGGCGGAGGCGGAGGUGGCGGGGGAGUCGCUCAAGAAUGGCGUCUACACGGGCGCCGCGUACAGGGACCACGAGAAGCUGUGCCGCCUCGUCGAGCUGGAGGGCCGGUCGGUGACGGAGCCCUCAACAAUCGCGUCGUUGCCGCCCAGUACAUCCUCCCGCAAAGAGAUCUCCGUGUGCGCCAUCUGUCACGGUCGACGGUCCCGGUUUCUCUCUCAGCUUUCUUGGACUGCAAUUUCAUUGGUGGUCGGAAUCGAUUUGGUGGUCUCUACCUUCGUCGAAUCGGUUGUUGUGCUGCUGCUUUACCUUUGUUCCUCCCCUCUCUUGUGCCCUGAUUGAAAUCUAAACCGCAUCGGUGAGCCAUUCCUUUUUGUUUUCUCCAUUUAUUCUAUGAUGUUUGUCUCCAACAUGAGCUGAAUUUUUGAUUCGUAAGUUGCAGUCAACAUACUAGUAGGUCUCCAACUGGUAAGCGCAAUGAAGAUGGAUCAGACGAAUCCGGAGCCCUCUCUAUCGACCAGUGCCUAUUCCAGUUCUCUCAUGAGGUAAAUUCAGAUUACCCCUAAUUUCAAUGCUGCACUAAUGCUUUGCUGCUUUGCUGCCAUAAUAGACUGAAGUUGAGUUGUUAAUAUUUAUGUCAUUUCUCAUCAGUUUGUUCACAAAUGACAGAAUACCUCCUCUUUUAUGGAACCAUGCAGAAAACAUUGUUGCAUUCCCUUCGCAUCUUACUCAGAAUAUCUAUUGGCUCAAGCGAAUGCGCUCCCAAAUCAGAACAUUAUUUGGACUAAGCUAACACAUGCACCUGAAUGUGAAUCCUAUCUAGAUUGAGUAAAAACAAGCAUUUUAUAAGAUACCUGCACAACUAAUUUGGACUUGAGGUGGCUACUUUUAUUCCUACAGAUCUAUUAUUAGACUUGAGGUGGCCUUUUAUUCCUGCAUGUCGCUGUUUGUUAAUGGCACAUUCUGCAGCAUUUCACCAAAGUGUACAGAGGGAAGUCAACUGGUUAAGUAGCCUACCGAGUUUCCUAGAAGUCUUUCCUCUGGUUAAGUAGCCUACCGAGUUGAAGGAGGCCAGAGGGUUGUAUCUUCCAAGUUGAACUUUGUCUUCUUCAGUGUUGUUUUGUAGUCAGUUAACUCCUUGAGUUUGUGUUCUUGUCCUCGGUGCACACAACCUUCUAUUGCAGAUUUGAUUCAUUUCAUGGAAGCUGGUAUUGAUGGAUUGCUAGUGUUUAGUUUUUUUAUUGGUAUUGACGAACAAUGUAAAAUUUAUGUAUGUAUAUAUGGAUGAACUAUGUGAAACUAUGUAUUGUUCUAGCCUAUGUGUUCUCUAGCUUGUUAAAUAUUUCAUGAUGAUGUUGGAAAUAUAUAUGCUGGGAAAUAUAUGAGUUGAA